CCAACUUCCAAUUAUCAUGGAUAUUGGAAAUUCAACUAAGAGAAAUCAACAAAAGGUCAGGCUACAUCAACUGCUUAAGUCCACUAAAGGAUUAACUCGUUCCGAAUUUGAUGAAUUUAGUAGACAAAUGUGUGAAAGAAGCCUUUAUCGACUGAAACCACUUCCCGGAAGGGAAUUUAAUUUUAAGCUUUGCAAAGUUAUCAUCUGUCAGGUACUUGAACAAUUUAUGUCAAACUACAAAGGUGAUAAAAAUAAUCACGUGAGAAGUAGACAAGAAUCACAAUCGAACGAGUUUUUAUGUAAUUUAACCAAUCGACUACGUCAAAUGACUGUAAUACAUCUGAAAGCGUUUGAUAUUAAAAAUGGAGGCCGAUAUAAACUAAUUGUUUAUGUAAUACAAACAAAUUAUCCAGAAGGAAAAUCAUCAUUAUCUAGCACAAUGAUAGCAAGUUGUGGAUUAUUUAAUAUAGAAACAGACUAUUAUCUAUCUGAAACCAUAAGAACUAUUUUUGGUCAUUUAAUUGUAAUUGUUUACGCCUGUUAUCAUGAAUAAUACAUUUAAUGACUUCGUAUUAAUGAAUAAAUUUGUUAAUAUUUUCAAUUAAAAACCGAG